AUGCGCCAGCGAUCGUCGGUGUCCAUCCGCGACUACUCCGGCUUCCGCUCGCGCGUCCAUGACUCUAUGGAGUCAGUGCUGCCACGCAAUCAACUAACUAGCGCGUCCACGUCCAGCAUCAGAAAGCCCAGCAGCACUCAGCAGCAGCACCCGCAGCAGCAGGAGCAGCAGCAACACGUAUCACCACACACCCGGCCAUCGACCGGUGUUAUGAGAGAUCCUUCCCGCCGCGACUGUGUAUCCUCACAAAGCCGCACAGGAGCGCAGCAGUCGGUCAGCAGCAGCAUCGUUAGCAGUAGCAGCAGCCACGGCAGCAUCACCAACGGCACUGCUGGCAACAGACAUUCUAUUCCAAGUGCAGCGAAGAGUGGUGAGCGCCUGAGAAGCCGGAUCAGCCCGGGACACGAGAACAUCGUCAGCUCGACAUCGAACCCGGGAACACCGGUGCGGUCCGUCAUCGGCAGUGACAUCGCACCAAGCACCAGCAGCCAGCGGGUCGCCUCGACCGACCGGUCGCACGGUUCGGAUAGACUGUCCACCUACCAUCGCUACAGCUCCUAUACCGCCAAUCUAAAAGAAUCAAGCAAGUGUCCGACACCGGGGUGCGUUGGUCUAGGGCACGUUACCGGACUCUACUCACAUCACAGAAGCUUAUCUGGAUGCCCUCGGCGCGAUAAGGUAUCCUCAGAGUUACUAGCCCUCCACGAAACGAUCCUUAAGUGCCCGACACCGGGAUGCAACGGACGUGGCCACGUCAGCGCUGGUAGGAACUCGCACCGAAGUCUCUCCGGUUGCCCGAAGGCGGCCGCCAGCAAAGCAGCAGCCCGUGAGCUAAAGUACCAGAAUGGUCUAUUGUUUCGUCAGAAGCUGCAUUCAGCAGUGAUAAACUAUCAACAGUUAAGUGAAUACCGUUCGGCGCUCUCGUCGGUUUCGGCGGAGGACGGUUCGCGAAGUGUCAGCGCUACAGCCCGCUCGCAUCCACUCCCACCAACUACCCCCGACGACCGACUGGUGAAGGAUCUAAGCAACAAACGCAGGGAGUUAGACGAAGCACCGGACGAGGAAGACGACAGCCGGACUCCAGAGCCGGUGCCGCCAGUGAUCAAAACCGAACAGCAGGAGGAACCGACCACCGGUAGAGCCGGUACUGAUCCAUCGCUUUCUUCCCCCGCCUCACCACCCGCCGCGUCUCCGGGUAGCCAGGUGAUACGGGAGCCGGGUUCCAGGAUGCUGGAAAGCACAUACGGGCGCGACCAGGACCUGGUCCGCUUCGGCCAGAUGGGUGACGUGCGGCAACAUCAGUAUACGAGCGUGCACUACGACACGAGUCAAACCAUGCCGGGUGGCACGUACGAUCUCGGCUCUUACGGAGCUCGCGGCUACGAUUCCGGCGCCUUCGAGCGCUACGACUCGAGCAGCUACGGCAUGCAGAAGGGUUCGGCCAUGUACGGCACCGUGUAUCCGCCGGUGCAGCCCACCCUCGACGACUACAACGUGGGUCCCGGUCCGCAGGCUACCGGCGUUGCGUCCGGUCCGCUUCAGAGCUCCACCAUGCAGCAUACGGGCGCGAUGCUCCCGCCAUCCGGAGCUCCCUUGCUGAAGAUGGAGAUGCCGGACGAGGGCAACACGGCAGUGGCGGCCGGUCCCAUAUAUCCCCGGCCGGUAUACCACUAUGACCCGGCGUGCGGCACAACCGGUGGUUCGGCCGUCCCCCCGCCUGGCUUCUCCGCGAUCAACCUCAGCGUCAAGGUAACGUCCAGCGGUGGCUCAUUGCGCAGCCUCGGAUCUCCCGGCCCGAAUGGGGCUCCGGAGCGUCCACCGGUGAUCGAUCUGUCCUCGGCGAACGGAGUAUCCUCCACGAACGGACCGUUGACCGGCUCGGAGAUGACAUCCAAUGGCGACGCCGGUUCACAAAAGAGCCCCAAGCCUGGCACCAGCCCGAACCACAUUACGGCCAACAGCCCGCAUAUGCCGAGCCCGCAGGGCCAUACGCUCGAUCUAAGCGUCAGCCGUUUGCCGAACAGCUCGACCAGCCCGCAGUACCAUCAGGAUCCGAGCUCGGGCCCACCGGCGGCCCCGAACGGUCGUUCACCACCGACCGAACCGGUAGACUUCAGUGGGCCACCAAGACAGCUCGGCUUUGGAUUUAUGGGCCCACCGGCGCCCGGUUAUAGCCGCGAGUCCACGCCGGACAGUGCCGCCUCGCACUACCUCGAUGGGUAUCGAGAUCACAGCGGCUACAGUCCGCAUCCCGGCUACGGCAUGGUGGAGUACGCGAACGGUUACCCGGGCUAUGGGUCCAACUACCAGGCCUGUCCGCCGUACGGAGCAUCGCUCGGUCCGUAUUCAUCUGUGCCGGGCGCAGGCUACGCAUCCAGCGGCUCCUGCUAUGGAAUGCCGCCACCGACGCACAUCCCCUCGCACGACAAGCUGCUGAAGGAUGGCCUGACCGGGCUUUCCCGCACCGACAGGCAGUACCACACGAACACGCAGGAACUGAAGUGCCCGACACCCGGCUGCGACGGCUCGGGACACGCGACCGGCAACUACUCGUCCCAUCGCAGCCUGUCCGGAUGUCCGCGGGCCACCAAGCCGAAGAGCAAGCCGCGCGACGGCCAGGAAUCGGAACCGCUGCGCUGCCCCAUCCCGGGAUGUGAUGGAUCCGGUCACUCGACUGGCAAAUUUCUGUCCCAUCGUAGCGCUUCCGGGUGCCCGAUCGCAAACCGGAACAGGAUGCGCGUGAUGGACACGGGAGGACAGGAGCUGCACGGGCAGCAUCCGUCGGGCAAGCUUGGCGGUCUCAAGUACGAUGCCGGCCCGGCUGGACCGGGUCCGGCCUCCAACGGUGGUGACGGGGCCUCGAACCCGUCGAGCCAGAGCAUCAAGAAGUCCAAGUACGCGGACGAGCAUCUCGCCAAUGGUUACAGCAAACCGUACACCGGCAUGCCGGACAUGGUGAUGACACACUCGCCGGAGCACCAGGACAACCGGAACGUCAACGGUAACGGUGGUAGCUCUCCGGUUGAGGCCGCCCUCCAGAUUGGGGGGCUCGGUGCGCCGUUGCAGGAGCAACCACGGAGCCAGGAGCCGGGCCCCGGACCGGACGGUGGCCGAGGUAGCGGCGCAAACGAGGUAGGAGGCGUCGGCGUUGGCAUCGGCGAGGUGGUUGGUGGCGGGUCCGGUGGCGGUGGUGGUACGUCCGGUGGCGGCGGCGAGGACCUGCUGUCGCUCGAGGCAGAGAUCUCCGAGCUGCAGCGGGAAAACGCCCGCGUCGAGUCGCAGAUGCUGCGGCUCAAGACCGACAUCACCGCGAUGGAGACGCAGCUCAGCCACGCCGAACGGGAAAACGAUACAACCGAAGACAGGAACGGCAACGUAACCGGCUACUACGAGCACCUGCGCAACAACGUCAUCACGAUGCUCGAGCACGUCAAAAUGCCGUCCCCCGCCGCUGAUUCCCCGGCAUCCGGUCGCGGAUGCUGCGGACCGCUGGACAAUAACAACAACAAGCGUGGAUCCUCUGAUAGCGACAUCGAUGGGCAACAGCUAGCGAAGCGAUUCGCUGGCGUGGACUCGCAGCUGGGCCAAGGCAGGGACGAUGUUGCUGGUGGAGGGCAAACCGACCACUUCGACAACUACCUAUCGAAGCUGCAGUCGCUCUGCUCUUCUCAGCAUUCGUCCGCUUCCCACACGUCGCCGACUUCAUCUUCCUCAUCCUCUUCCUCGUCCUCGUCUGGAUCGUCUUACGUCCCUUCGUCGAUGCUGUCACCGCAACAACAGCAACAGGCGCCUCCAGUGCCAACGACGGCGGCUCCGAUGGCACUACACCACUACCAGCACCAGCCGGCCCACCAUCUGCACCUGUACGACGUGAAUGGGCCGAUCUACGCCAACCUCGGACCGUCGGCGGAUCAACACCACACCCGUCCGCUCUACGACACGAUGAAGCUGCCGAGUAUCACCGGCGCCGACGGCUUUGGAGUGGCCCUCUCCACGCCGAUCUAG